UAUUUGGAUUGCAAAGGUGACGUCUUGAUAUGCUCGGCCACAAAAGUGUCGUAUAUAAAGCGCGACGGUUAGUAUUCCACAUAUAAACUGCGGUGUACGAGAGGAUAUCGUUUUUUUCAAUCGGCCUGUCGUUCUGAUGCACCUUGUAACCGGGACUAGGAACUUCCGAAGCAAUAGCUGCAAUAACGGGCUUCGUGAUUCGAAUCGAACUAGUACAUUGCCGGGCCGAUAAUACUGCGAGUGGACUGAGAUGUCGCGGCAUUUUAUAACGGCUACUCUGAUUGCGAUCGUGGGUGUUUUACAUCCGGGAUGCGCCGCAAGGAUACUCGGCAUAUUUCCGUUUCCUUCGUUCAGUCAUCAAAUUGCAUUUCGAGGAUUGACGCUGGCGUUGAGGGAGCGAGGUCACGAGCUCGUUGUAGUCACUCCUAACCCGAUCAACGACCCAACCCUGAAGAACUACACGGAGAUAGAUGUGAGCUUCAUGUACGAACACUGGAGAUUGGAUUGGAUAUCUGUUGCAAAAAAGUACACGUACUAUGACUUUAUCAUGCAAUCAACACCGAAAUUUUUGACGAUAACUGAAGGCAUCCUCAGCCAUCCAGAAUUGCAGAAAUUGUACGAACCGGAAAGUCGAGAAACGUUUGAUUUGUUACUAUUUGAAGCACUUCGUUGGCCUGCUGUUCUGCUUUUCGCUAAGCGAUACGAAAUUCCAGUCAUAGGAAUUACGUCAAUGAGUCCGACUCCCCAAGUGCACUAUCAGUUUGGCAAUCCUAUAAUGCCUUCUCAGCCGCCAUAUUGGAACGGCAGAGGAAUAGGCUUGGAAAAGUUGACAUUUUGGCAAAGACUAUGCAACUUUGUACAGACGUGGAGAUUUCUGUUUCACUACAGAACAACGUACAUGCAGACGCAGCAGGAAAUUGCGAGAAAAUAUUUUGGAAACGAUAUUCCGGAUCUUUGUGACUUGGAAAAAAAUGUCAGUUUGGUUUUCGCCAACCAACAGGCACCAAUUUCAUACGUCCGUCCGAAUGUUCCCAAGAUAAUCGAUAUUGGUGGAUUGCACAUUUCGGAUCGGCUCGAGCCUCUAUCAAAGGACCUUCGGAUGAUUUUGGACGAAGCAACCCAAGGCUUCGUAUACAUGAGCCUUGGAACAAACACCAAAAGUGCUUCGUUAAGUAACGAAAUGCGGGGCGAAUUUAUUGCUGCGUUUUCGGAAAUACCCUACACCGUUAUUUGGAAAUAUGAAGACAACCUUCUUCCGGGUCAGCCGGACAACGUCCAUACCAUGAAAUGGAUUCCACAACAGUCAGUCCUGGCGCAUCCGAAUAUAAAAGUUUUCAUAUACCAAGGAGGACUUCAGAGCACAGAGGAGGCGAUUUCUCAUGCUGUUCCUGUGAUCGGAUUACCAGUUCUCGGUGAUCAAACAUCAAAUAUCGACAAGAUUGUCUCUCUUGGAGUUGGUAAGAAGCUGGACAUCUCCAGCGUCGACAGAUUCGACCUAGUGGAAGCGAUACAAUCCAUCGUGCGCGAUGACAGCUACAAACUAAGCAUGCUGAAAUUGCGGGACUUGGUGAGAGACAAACCGUACGAUUCGUUGGAAAACGCGGUUUGGUGGACGGAAUACGUGAUACGUCACAAAGGUGCUCCUCAUCUUCAUUCGACGACAGCCGACGAUCCCUGGUAUCAACGACAAGACAUCGACUUGAUUUUCAUCAUUUCUACCGCGAUUUUGGCAGCUUGUACUAUAGCACUACGAGUCUUAUACAAGCUGUUAGCUUACAGCAUUUAUUUCCUCAAACAUCAACACUUGAUUAGGAAAAAGGAAAAAGUGUGUUAAGUCGUUACGAAUUACAUGUGAAUUAUACGUAAGUGAUUUAGUGAUUUUCGCAAUUAAAUUACAUGUGUCUUUUUUAUACGUUAUUUCCUGCAUUCAUUUUCGGUAAUAACAUAUGAAAGUAUAAAUUGUAUAGUG